AUCCGUUACCAUUCAAUAAUAAUUAUUGUUUUCUUUUGUCAAAAGUCAAUAUAAUAUAAUAUACAUUAACCUGCAAAAGUGCACAAAAUCACUAAUUUAAUUGUAAAAAUACAAGAAACAUGUGUGGGUGCGGAAGUAGUAAAGUAGAAAAGGAUAGUACUUACGGUGAUGGUGAAUACAAAAAUACUAAACGUCGUCGCCAAAAUCAUUCCAUUGUCCAAAAUUAUUACGGCUCCAACACCUACUCCACUGGCGAACUCAGUGACCGUGGUAGUUAUUAUAACAGUGGUUGUCGUGACAGCGGUGGCAAUUGCGAUUGUUUUGGCAGUGACGGUGGUGGUGAUUGCUAUGAUGGUGACGGUGGUGGUGAUUGCUAUGGUGGUGACGGUGAAGAUAACUGCAUAUGUGAUUGUGGAAGCGGCGGCUGAGUCUAGCUACUAUUUUUAAAUAAUAAUAAUUUUAUGUACACUUACGAAUAGAUCUAUAAACAAUAUACCAACAAAACUAUAUAGUAUUACUUUAUGAUGGGUACCUAUAAAACUUUUACCAUAUUAUUAGGUAAUUCAAAUCAAUAUAAUGAUGCAU